CUUCGGGGAAGGAAAGCCAGAAAAUCAAAAUCAUGCCAUAAUCUUCACCCGUGGUGAUGCAGUCCAGACUAUUGAUAUGAAUCAGGACAACUACUUUGAGAAAGCUCUUAAAAUGCGAAAUCUCUGGGAAGAAUACAGGCAUUACUAUGGUAUCCGAAGACCCACUACUUUGGGAGUUAGGGAAAACAUUUUUACUGGUUCUGUUUCUUCUCUUGCCUGGUUCAUGUCAGCUCAGGAAACAAGUGUCACCUUAGGCCAGAGGGUUUUGGCAAAUCCUUUGAAGGUUAGAAUGCAUUACGGUCACCCAGAUGUAUUUGACAGAUUUUGGUUCUUGACUCGAGGUGGUAUCAGUAAAGCUUCCAGAGUGAUCAGCAUAAGUGAGGACAUCUUUUCUGGAUUUAAUUGUACUCUUCGUGGAGGGAAUGUCACUCACCAUGAAUACAUUCAGGUUGGCAAAGGAAGGGAUGUUGGGUUGAAUCAAGUAUCAAUGUUUGAAGCAAGGGUUGCUAGUGGAAAUGGGGAGCAAAUCCUAAGUAGAGAUGUGUACAGAUUGGGACAUAAGCUGGAUUUUUUCCGGAUGCUGUCAUUCUUCUACACUACUGCGGGGUUCUUCUUUAACACAAUGAUGGUGAUUCUGACACUAUAUGCAUUUUUAUGGGGUCGGCUAUAUCUUGCGCUUAGUGGUGUUGAGAAUGCAAUGGAAAGUAACAGCAAUAACAAUGAAGCACUUGGUACCAUCUUGAAUCAACAGUUCAUCAUCCAACUUGGACUUUUCACUGCCCUUCCCAUGAUUGUAGAAAAUUCCCUUGAGCAUGGGUUCCUUCAAGCCAUCUGGGAUUUCUUGACAAUGCAGCUCCAGCUUUCAUCAGUUUUUUACACAUUCUCAAUGGGCACUCGUAGUCAUUUCUUUGGUCGGACUGUUCUGCAUGGUGGGAUAGAGCAUAAACUUGAAGAACUAAUUGGGAUAGAGCGUAGACUUCAAUCAGUUAAUAAUGUUCGAGUUGUUGGAAUCAGUGGGAUGGGUGGUAUAGGAAAGACUACACUUGCUCGAGCUUUAUACGAAAGAAUCUAUCAUCAAUAUGAUUUUCAUUGUUUUAUUGAUGAUGUAAGCAAAAUAUAUCGAGAUUCAAGUUCAUUAGGAGUACAAAAGCAGGUACUUUCUCAGUCUCUAAAUGAGAAAAAUCUAGAGAUUUCAAAUUCUUAUGAGGGAACAUGUUUGAUAUGGUCUAGGCUGCACAAUGUUAGGGCACUUGUAGUUCUGGACAAUGUUGAUGAAGUUGAACAACUAAGGAUGUUUACAGGGAAAAGAGACACUUUGUUGCGUGAAUGCUUAGGUGGAGGCAGCAUAAGCAUCGUAGUUUCUAGGGAUGAACAUAUAUUGAGGACGCAUGGAGUAAAUGACAUUUAUCGAGUCCAACCGUUGAAUGGUGAAAAUGCCAUGCAGCUGUUUUGUAGAAAUGCUUUCAAAGUUAAUCAUAUUUUGAGUGAUUAUGAAAAGUUGGCAUGGAAUGUACUAUCUUAUGCUGAGGGCCAUCCCUUGGCAAUUGAAGUAAUUGGGUCAUCUUUGUUUGGUCGAAAUGUGUCACAAUGGGAAAGUGCAUUGGCCAGGCUAAAAGAAAAGAAAAGUAAAAAUAUUAUGGAUGUUUUGCGUAUAAGUUUUGAUCAGCUGGAUGAAGAAGACAAAGAAAUAUUUUUGGAUAUUGCAUGUGCCCUAUGCCAUCAUGAUGAGGAAUAUGUGACGGAAGUUCUAAAGUUUCGUGGAUUUCAUCCUGAAUAUGGUCUACAAGUUCUGCUUGACAAAUCACUAAUAUCGAAAAGGAGUGGGAUUAUUGAUAUGCAUCGCUUGUUGAAGGACUUGGGCAGGUAUAUUGUCAAAGAAGAAUCACCUGAGGAACCCCUAAAGAGGAGUAGGUUGUGCGAUUACCAAGAUUUCUGCAAAGCUAUGUCAAACAAUCAGACAACUGAAAUUGUUGAAGCCAUCAUAGCUGUUAAUUCACAUGGGAGUUCUAAAACUGUGAGGGUAGAUGGUCUAUCAAAAAUUAGACACCUUAAGUUUCUUAGACUUGGGAAAAUGAACUGUUCAGGAUGUCUCAGUCAUCUUUCAAGUGAACUAGGAUAUCUUACUUGGUACAAUUAUCCUUUUGAGUGUUUGCCUCAAAGUUUUCAGCCACACAAACUAGUUGAGUUAAUAUUGAGAGGAAGCAGUAUUCAACGAGUAUGGAGUGACACAAAGGUGCUACCUAAUUUGAAGCGUUUGGAUCUCUCUUACUCCAGAAAAUUAGUUGAGAUGCCAGAUGUUGCAGAGGCCCUAAAUCUUGAAGGGAUAAUUCUUGAAGAAUGCAUAGAGCUCCGAAAACUCAGUCCAUCGAUUGGUUUCCUGAGCAAGCUUACUAUUUUGAGUUUGAGAAACUGUAAGAACUUAGUAAGCUUACCCAAUAGCAUAUUGGGCCUGAAUUCUCUUGAAUAUUUGGGUGUCUAUGGUUGUUCAAAACUGUUUAAAAAUGAGUUAUUAGAUGAAGCAAGGAACACAAAGCAUUUGAAGAAGCGUUGUUUAGUUGAAGGUCCUAUUCAUUCCCACUCAAAAUCCCAUUUAAUAAAAAAAAUGCUUUUGUGGCCUUUAGGUUUGUUGUAUUCCAGAGCACAAAGAGAGUCAGUUAGUUGUUUGUUACCUUCCUCUCCCACUCUCCCAUGUUUGCGUGUACUCGAUCUAAGAUUCUGCAACUUAGUUAAAAUCCCUGAUGCCAUUGGAAAGUUAAGUUGUUUAGAAAAGUUAAAUUUGAAGGGAAACAAUUUUGUUACAUUGCCUAACCUCAAGGACCUUUUUAGACUGUAUUAUUUAAACUUACAUAAUUGCAGGCGAUUGAAAUACUUGCCUGACCUCCCUUCACGAACUCACUUGCCCUUAAAUCUUUACUCGUAUCCGAUACAAUAUUUUGCAUCCUUCCGCGAUCGUAUAAUAGAGGACUAUAAAGAUAUGACAGGAUUAAUGAUGUUCAACUGCCCAAAAAUAGUUGAGAGGGAACGGUGCACUAGCAUGACUGUUUCAUGGAUGCUACAAAUUCUUCAGUCGUGGUACAACUCAGAAUGUUUCAUCCCAAGUAUUGGAAGUAUUAUCCCUGGAAGUGAAAUACCAAUGUGGUUCAACAAUCAGGUUGUGAGCAUGGACAAUUCAAUAAUCAUAGAUGUCCCUCCUUUUGUGCAUGACAAUAAUUGGGUUGGUGUCGUGUGCUGUGUAUUAUUCAGUGAAAAUUUUUCAAGUAAUACUGUGUACAACGCAGAUCAUAUGUGGCUAUUUUAUUACUCUCGUCAACAAUUCCGCCGUAAACAAGGCGGCAAACUUGAUAUACGUAACUUGAGAUUGACAUUUACAUUAGAGGACGUGAAAAUACUUUGUAUAGAUAGCUACCUGGACCUUGCUAAUUUUGAAGUGAAAAAAUACGGCUAUCGAUUGGUAAAUAAGCAAGAUCUGCAGUGAUUCAUGGUUGAGAUUUGGCAGCAAGUUUUAAGCAAUACCUUUAGAAGACAGAAAAUUGUUAUUGUAAAAUUCAGUUGUUUUAAAAGUAAGGUGAGAGGAAAUGCUCAUUGUCUUUCCUUACAAGACAGUCCAUUUCAUUUCU